CCGCGGUUUGGCCUCGUUUCUCUGAAGCUCCGCCUCUCUAUCCGCCUUCCGACGUUUUUCAGUCGGCGUCUCUCCGCGGCCAUGGUAACAACAGGGCGCUACGGUCUGCGGGGACUCGCGUCAACAAAAGCACCUUCAACACAAGCAACCCCAAGCCCUCAGAUUGGAUCCUCACAUUCUUUACACAUUUUUACAAAAUGAAUCUGACUGAGAUCUGUGACAAUGCUAAGAAGGGAAGAGAAUAUGCAUUGCUUGGCAACUAUGACUCCUCCAUGGUGUACUAUCAGGGUGUUCUCCAGCAGAUCCACAAGCACUGUCACUCUCUUCGAGAUCCUGCACUGAAAGUUAAGUGGCAGCAGGUGCGACAGGAGCUGGAGGAGGAAUAUGAGCAGGUCAGCAGUAUCGUUAACACUCUGGAGAGUUUCAAGGUGGAUAAGCCAGUUGACUUUCCCAAUCCCCAGCCAGAAGAAUGCCCUAGGGACCCUGCUGUAUGGCCACCCCCUACACCUGCAGAACACAGGGUACCUGCCCAGGUGAAGAGGCCAAACACUGGAAUGAAGCCCCAGAGGAAGGACUCACCUGGAAUGCAGCACCGUGGGCCAGCAGGGAAGGGCCAACCCAAUGCUAAACAGGACAGACCUGGUGCCCGUGAUGCCCGCACUGCAAAAGCUAAAGAAGACAAAGGCAGAAAAGGAGCCCAGGAGGGGGUCGGGGAUGGAGAGCAGAAGAAAUUUUAUGGUACCGGUUACGACAGUGACUUGGUUGAUGCACUGGAGAGAGACAUUGUGUCAAGAAAUCCCAAUAUCCACUGGAAUGAUAUAGCAGAUCUGGAGGAUGCCAAGAAGCUGCUGCGAGAGGCUGUGGUCCUGCCAAUGUGGAUGCCAGAUUUCUUCAAGGGCAUCCGGCGCCCAUGGAAGGGUGUACUGAUGGUGGGACCCCCUGGUACAGGCAAGACCAUGCUGGCUAAAGCUGUAGCCACUGAGUGUGGCACCACCUUCUUCAAUGUAUCAUCUUCUACACUCACAUCCAAGUAUCGGGGAGAGUCUGAGAAGCUUGUGCGGCUGCUCUUUGAAAUGGCUCGAUUUUAUGCCCCUACCACUAUUUUUAUUGAUGAGAUUGACUCUAUUUGUGGAAGACGUGGCACAUCAGAUGAACAUGAAGCAAGUCGCCGAGUGAAAUCUGAGCUUCUGGUACAGAUGGAUGGGGUAGGAGGUGCGUUAGAAAAUGACGACCCCUCUAAAAUGGUGAUGGUUCUGGCUGCAACUAACUUCCCAUGGGAUAUUGAUGAAGCACUGAGGAGGAGAUUGGAAAAGAGGAUCUAUAUUCCCCUGCCAACAGCAAAAGGCCGAGCGGAGCUGCUGAAGAUAAGCCUGAGGGAGGUGGAGGUGGCGUCUGAUGUUGACCUGGCCGUCAUUGCUGAGCAGAUUGAGGGCUAUUCUGGGGCUGACAUCACAAAUGUCUGCAGGGAUGCGUCCAUGAUGGCGAUGAGACGGCGGAUCCAGGGCCUAAAGCCAGAGGAGAUUCGUGCACUUUCCAAAGAAGAGCUGCAGAUGCCUGUCACUAUGGAGGACUUUGAGCUUGCACUUAAAAAGAUCUCUAAGUCAGUCUCAGCUGCUGACCUGGAGAAAUAUGAGGCCUGGAUGAACGAAUUCGGCUCUGUUUAAUAAAAAAGUGCUGAAUAAGGCUGACUGGAAAGCAGAGCGGAUUGAGAAGGAAACUUGAUUUUUUUUUUUUGUGACUGUGAAGAUCAAUACUUGAAGCUUACAUUUUCAUUUCACUCAGACUGUCUCAGACAUUCAAAGCUGUACAUCUAUAAGUGUCUUUGUGCAGCUAGAUGUUUUUUGCACUCUAGCAGUACUGCUGUAACACACUAGCUGCUCAGUGUGGUGUGAAUUCCUCUGAUUUUCUGAAAAAAGCUUUUUUUUUUUCAAUGUUUUGUGGAUGUCAAAGCCACUUAAAUUUAGUUGAGCUUUACCAGCAGGUUGUGAUGUAGGUACUUUAUUCAUUUUUUAUGUGUUAGAAAGGAAAGGUAUAGAUGCAUGUGUGUUUUGUGUUAAACUGAAUUUUAAUUACUUAACUGUCAGGGUCUUAAUAAAUAGUUUACUUUUCUCAAAUUGUAUAUUUUGGGGUGGAAAUAUAUUUAAUUCUCAGCCCAUUAGGUACAGAUGGUAAAUGUAACGUUUUUCCCUUGAUGUAAGAACUCAAAGAACCACUGAAACCACUGUAAGCACACAAUUCCUCACUUUGAUAGAUGCAUUACUGUCAUAAUUGCAUCAGUUUUAUAUCCCCUAAACUAUGGCCCGGUGAGACUUCACUAGAUAAUGUAAUACUGUACCAAACGAUCACUACAUAAUUAACAGUAAUUUCUGAAUCUGGAUUACCUGAAUCACUAACGAAUUUAAGGGGUUAACACUUUUUUAGCAAUGUAGAUGACUAAUUGGAUGUGGCUGGAUCAGGCCUGUCACAAUAAUUACAUUAUUGACUUAUUGUUCAAUAAAUGGACAUGACCUCAAUCAUUUUAAUAAUCGUGAUAUCGUCCUUUGUGUUUGCACUUACAAAAUGCAUUUACAUAUAUUGUGACUGUGGGCGUGGCUGCACCUUUAUUAGAAAAAAUGCCCUCUAUCAACACCCAACUUAAAAAAAAAAAUCAUAGGAACGGCUCUAGUUGCUUAACUUUAGUGUUUUUUAGGUUUGCAUUUCCUCAGCCUUCCAUUCACUAUCAGCGUAUCUCUCGAGUGAAGGUUGAGGCAGGGUCUUUAUGUUGGUUUAACGCAGCCCAGCUGGCACAGUGUGGGGCAGAGCCACGAUUCACCUACCUCCACACUUUGCAAUGUGUAUGUAUAUAUAGUACACACUGAACAACCUACUAUGACCUACUUUGCUUACAGGCUGGAACUUUCCAGGUUCCAAAAUGGGAAUGCAAUGGAAAGUUUAUUGUCUUUAAAAGGGUUAAUUAAUUUGUUACAAUAUUAUGUUAUUAUUUUAUUAGUGCCAAAUUAGUGGUCUUAAAAUGGCAACAAUAUCGUUUAUCAAAAUAAUUUCUGGGACAAAAUAUCGUUCACAAAAAAUUUUUAUCGUGACAGGCAUAGGCUGGAUACUGUUUUUCUUUUUGAAUGGAGUGUAGUUUGUUCAGGCUGCAAUAAACACUAAUUUUGAGUAGGCUCUAAACCCACUGUGACACUGGUCAGUUAAAAGCAGAUGGAAAGACAAUGUGUGGUUCCUGUAAGUUUGGAAAUGUUGAUCAUUUUGAUAUGUGACUGGUUUUUAGCCUGAAGAAUGCUGCUGAACGUUUUGUGUGAAUAACAGCUUUACUGGUGAAUGUUAUUAAAGAAUUAGCCAGUUCAGAGCAGUUGUGAAUUGUGUGUACAAGCCUAAUUGAUUGUUGUAAGCAAUGGGUGGAGAAGUUUAGCAGCUAUUAUGGAUGGGGGCUGUCUGUUUUCUUAGCAGCAGUGACUCAGCUUGCAGAAAGUGCAGGCAGCAGAAGGAUGAUAGAGGCAGAGGAUGUGUGAUAGUCUAUUCGUGUACACGUACGUGACUGGGUGACCUUAGGGAUCUAACUGAUCAUAAAUACAGUAUAUUAUUCAGCACACAGAAAACAUGUAUAAAACAAAUACUAAUAAAAAUAGAAUGAACAAUA